AUGGUUAAGGUACGAUACACUUACAAUAACAAAAUAGUUGAAAAGCACGUAUAUGAAGCAUCUCUGGCUCUUUGUCACAUGAAAAAUAGUAGAUGUUUGAAACCAUUUGAGAAACCAGUAACUCGUUUAAACAAUCGAUUUUCAAGUUCAACUUCCAUUUCUAUACUCAACAAACAACCUCCGAUACUCAUUGAACGUGCUCCGAUAGUCAAUGAAGCUUUACCCAACAACAACAAUGAAAAUGUGGCUGUAGCUGUGGCUGGUAGAGAUUGGGGUAGAGUUCCGCCAAUGGCAGUGAUCCAAAACAUAAUUGGAGAGUGCAGUCCACCGUUUGUGAAGCAAUUGAUGAAAACAGAUGUGACAGAAAGUCAAGGGAGAUUAGCACUUCAUAAAGAGUUUGUGACUCGUAAUUUGAUUCCAAUGUUCAAUAGAGGUGAGAAUUUGAAGAAUGGAAUUAGUGUUACUGUUUAUGAUAGUGAAGGAAGAGAAUACGACAUGAUAUUCAAGUUUUGGACUUCUAAGCUUUAUGUGCUAACGAAAAGUUGGAAUAAAUUUUACAAGAGCAAUAAUUUGACGCGACCCGGUGAGUUUAUUAGUGUUUGGAUGUUUCGACACGUCGUCAAUCGUAAGCUUUGCUUUGCUAUUAUGAGAGGAGAUGCUGAACAACGGUGACCAACUGAAUCAAAAAAUUUUUUAUACAUAUUUUUGUAUUUUUUUUGUUUGAUACAAAAAAAAAAGUGUA